AUGCGGAUUGACUGCCAAAGCCACAUAUUUCCUCGGGCGUAUAUUGAUGUGCUUGCCCAAAACCCCUAUCCACCGCAGAUUGAGCUCCGAUGCACAGCGCAGGAUAACUCCGAUGGAUCGGCUUGUUCGGAUGCCUCGAUUGGGGAACGAAGCAGCCGGCGCGAAAUCCCGAGCAUCUCGAGCGCACAGCAUGGCAACGAGUUUGUUAUCACUUACGGUGAUGUACAGCAGUUUCGGCUACUAGAGGAGAUGUACCUCCCCAAACGUAAGCUUCAGGACAUGGAUAGGGCAGGUAUUGAUAUGGCACUUAUCAGUACCAAUAUUCCGGGUCCCUGUAUGCUUGCUCCUCACUUGGCUAUCAAAGGCGCGCAGGCAAUCAACGAUGCGAUUGCGGAAAUGAUUCAGCAACACCCAGAUCGAUUUGCGGGACUUGCCAGCCUCCCCUGGCAGGAUGUGGACGCUACUAUUGAUGAGAUGGAUCGAGCACACAACCUGGGUUUCUGUGGCGUUAUGCUGUAUUCACAUAUCGGCGGACGCCCGGUGGAUGACCCGGCUUUCGACCCCAUCUACAACCACGCCCAGACAAAGGAGUUACCGAUUGUCUUGCAUCCCACGGUCCCAACAUGGGGAGAGGCGAUCAAGGACCACUCGAUGAUUCCCAUGAUGGGGCUUCAGGUAGACACCAGUUUCGCGCUUUUACGGCUAAUACUCGGUGGCGUGCUGGAGCGACAUCCUAGGUUGAAAGUUGUCAUGCCUCAUGUUGGCGGCGUUUUGCCGUACAUGAUGGGGCGCAUCGAGCAUCAAACGGAGGUGAUGGGACGCGGACGGGAACACAUUAAACAACCUCCGAGCACCUACAUGCGCGGCAUUUAUUUAGACACCGUUUCUCCGUCUGCACAAGCGUUGCGAUACGCUUACGAAUUUUCUGGUCCAGAGCAUCUGGUGUUUGGCACCGACCACCCCUGGGUUGAUCCGCAACUUUUUGUGACGCUCAUCGAGGAGAUGGAUAUCCCUGACAGCGAGAAAACGCAGAUCUUCGGUGGCAAUGCUGCGGAAUUGUUUGGUCUUAGCAUCUAA